UCGACGCGAAUAAUAGAGGCAUAUAGGCGACGUUUGCCGAAAUAAUGGAUAAUUUUAUUGACACUCGUUGUUUGAAGAUGCAGCAGAAAAUACUUAGAUUUGAUUGAAAGAUUUUGGAAAAUUCAUUUGGAUAGAGUGGAGAUAAUUCAAAAAAUAAAAUAAAAUUAAUUUGUUAAGCUGGUCCGUUCAACAAAGUGAAACCAAAAAAGGAUAUUCCAGAUAUUCAAGUGUCACUGGACCUAUUUAUAUGGGUCAUAUGCAGGGUUAUUUACGUGUUUUAGAAUAAAUUUGCAAUUAAAAAGAGAACAGAAACCGUCGCUGCUUUUCGAAAACUUAUCAAAUCACAGAUCGAAAACAAUAUCCGAAGUAUACGAAAAUAUUGUAAUGUGUCUAUAUCGAAAUACUGCGCGAAAUAUUCAUGAACCCUUCAGGAAUAACUGCAGGAAAUGCGACAUUGUAAAAUUCCCGUCUGUUGGGAUAAUUGCAAGGCGGCAUCGGAAGAAAAAUUGCCGGUUGUAGGGCGGUUUAAAAGGAAACUUCCGACACGUACCCUUUCAUUAUCGCCCCACAGCUUAACGAUCUUCUAUGGACUUUUAUUCUGACUCGAGUGGAGUUGGUAGUUUGCGAGCGUCGCACCGCGUUGUAUGCUGGAGGGAACUGGAAAUAUGGCCGCCGAUUCAGGGAGACACCCAUCAAUCCUAACUCUCGCUAGAUACUCCAUGACUUCGGUCGGCUUCUGGAAAUACCACAGCCAAAAAAACCCUCUGAAACUCUUCUACAGUACCUACUCCGGUUUUAUCGUCCUUUACUUCAUGACGUACACGAUUUCAGUAGGCAUAAAAUUCGUCAUUACUGUAAGCGCCGCGUCUACCGUAGACUCUGAGAUCAUCAAGCAACUAUCCUUCAUCAUCAGUUCGCUAAUCCCGAUGUAUGUCGUUAUGGUCUGUCGCAGCUCCGGAUUUAACGAGAUCAUAUCACUCGUCCGCCGUGAGGAACAGAGCAUAAUAACGAGCGACGACGCUGACAUUUUAAAAUCGCACCUGAAACAGAUCCGAAGAAGUAACGCCGUAAACGGAAUCUUCUCAGCAUUUGCGUGCUGUACUGGGUUCGCCAUGGCAUUAGAAAAUUAUCGGCCCAAUGUGAAGGUAGCGCGUUACAAUAGGGAACAUAACACCACUUUGGAGAGGCCUCUUCUCGUCGAUCUCUACUAUUUUAAACUAAACACUCAGAAACACGCAGAUUUACUGUUGGUGGUUUCGGAAAUUUGUUUCAUAUUCAACACGCUGAUAAUUUUAUCGUCCAAGCUCUGCGUUUAUACGUGCGUGAUAUUCACCUCAUCGCUGCUAAAGAAACUACAGAUUAGGUUCAGCAAAACAGGUCUGCGUCAGGAACACAAGCUGGCCGCUUUGAAGAGUCUCGUCAUGGAACAUCAGAACGUAAUUGAAUUUGUAGAUAAGUUAAACGUUUCGAUCAGAUACCUCGUGCUGCUGGAGUAUCUUCUUAACUCGCUGAACGUGGCCGCAGCAUCCGUUCAGUUGAUCACGUACGACAAAAAGAUGUUGUUAAUGCUCUUUUUCUACGUCAGCUUUCUGCUGAUGCAGGUUUUCAUUAUGGGCAUAAGCGCCAACGAAAUUAAGGUUCAGAGUAUUACACUAUCUGAUGCUCUAUACUCUAGUCCAUGGCACGAGCAAAGUGAAGCCACCAAGAAAGUAUUAUUGAUCAUGAUUGCCCGAACUCAAAGACCCUUGAUGUUAACCAUAGGUCCGUUCGGCCCAAUGGCUAUAGAAUCAGCUUUGGCAGUCUGCAAAGCGUCCUACUCAUACGUCACGCUAAUGAUGCAAAACGUCCACUAGAUGUAUUCGAGUUUUUUUGAAACCAAUCGACUUGCACCUUUUUUGACUUUUUGGCAGUUAAUAAAAAAAUUUAUUUCGAAUCUUUUAUUUAUACUUUUUAAAUGCCCUGUAUAAUAGCAAUUAUUUUCAGUGUAUGCAGCACCUGCUUUUGCAUUUAAAUUUUGCAAAAAGAAUCGGUCUAAUAAACCUUUAGAAAGAUAUAAAAGAACCCCGCAGUAGUAGGCUACACUUUAGUAGUAGGAACACUUUUUUCAGUGAAAUCGUCGUCUUUUUGCCAGAAAGCUGCGUUGUCCGGACAUCGGGCUAUAUGUUUUUAAAGGCAUAACUUCGUUAAAAUCCAGCAGUAGUCCGCCUUUUUAUCGCCGUUCCAAGCGCUCUUAAUCGCUAACUGCUCCACGAUUUUCAGGAGAAUAGUUCAAGUGUGAAAACAAGAAACGUACUUUCGAACUAUAUUACAACCUAGACGUGUGUAUUUUGAACAAUAUUUUAGUAGUUUUCCAAGCAACUUAUCAAUUACUUCAUUAAAUGAACGUAAAUGAAAAUUUUUUGUAAUUUUAUUUUGCUUUAAAAAAAUGCAAUUUUAUCACUUUUUUCAAAAUUUUUAAAAUGACUCUCUUAAUUCCCGCCACCUAAGCCUAAUCUGGUGAAAACGAUUUAGUAGGUAAUCUAUAACUCUCUUUUUGAUUAGUUUUUCCUAUGAUCAAGCAUUGUGAUUUAUGAAAUUUUGAGCAGUGUUCCACCGUUUUCAAGCUAAUUACCUACCUAGGUCUACCAAACUUUUUGACAGACGUUUUUAUUUUGAAAACUGAUUUGUGUCAUGUAAUGGUUUUUUUACAAAUUUAAAAGGAAAAAACGGUAUUUCUAAAAUUACUUUUUAAUUCAACAAAAAAUAAAAUCCUAUUUAAAAAAAGUGAAAAAAAAUUAUUCCGACCUUUUUGAGUGAACUCUUCAUCUUUUUGCCAGAAAUGUGCGUUGUCCGAACAUUCAGCUGUGUGUUUUAAGUGCAUAUCCCGUUUUAACCCCGGGGAUCGCGAUGUCAUGGGCAUGCCGAGUGACGUCAUGAUCCCCGAGAUGACCUUCUUUGACAAAUGGACCUUUCUCUUCCCAUUAAGGGAAGAGUGGAGAAAGGGCAGAGUUGGGUCCUGGGAUGGACUCGUCUGGUACACGGACGGGUCCAGAAUGGGAGAUUUGGCCAGAGCUGGAGCGUACUGUGAGACAACGGGAUCGAUCUUGUCCGUGUCUCCGGGUCUGCACCGUGUUUCAGGCUGAAAUUGUCGCUAUAUUGAUGGCGGCGAGAGAGGUGCUUCGUCUCAACUACGGAAGCAGAAGAGUAUUCUUCUGCUCCGAUAGUAGAGCUGCACUUAUGGCACUGAAGUCAGUGCGCACGCGCUCCUUGCUGAUAAAGGAGAGCAAAGGGGUACUGAAGAAAGUGGCCGAGGCGAGCAAUGUCACGUUGGUCUGGGUCCCGGGUCACACCGGGCAAUGAGGCAGCGGACACCUUAGCCAGUCAGGGCUCCUCGCACAGGCAUAUGGGACCAGAGCCCCGUUUGGGGAUCGCCCCGUGCGCAAGGCGGUGAGCUCUCGAAUCCUGGGUGAGAGAAUGGGCCGCGGUGGGCUGGAGAGUUGCUCCGGGAAUGAGGCAGGCCAGGCUUAUGAUGGAUGGGCCCGCUCUCCUGACUGACUGACGUACCAGAAGUGAAUGUAGAGCAUUAACACGGGCCUACACAGGACAUUGCAGGCUUAGGAGGCAUCUUUGUUUGCUAGGCAUGGGAGACGACCCGGAGUGCAGGUGCAUGGAAGGGGGGAAGACCCCGUAUCAU